UAAAUCCGUAUUGUGCAUCAACGAGAAGUCCACACGAUGGGAGCGCUUGCGCUUGUAGUUUUCGCGGUAACAACGCUGCUUUUUUUAAUUUGGUUCAUACGUUUAGUGCGAAAAAAUAAUGACUAUUACAAGGAUAUUCCAGGACCUCGUCCACUAUUUUUCUUUGGCAAUGUUUUUGAAGUUAGCACAACAAGGGAUAUUUUAAAUGUGAUGCACAAAUAUGCCCUGCAAUUCAAUGGCUUGUACAAAAUCCAUUUAGGACCAGUACGAAAACUAAUAAUAGCAUCUGACUAUAAGUUCUUGGAGUGUGUCUUAAGCAGUAUGAAAAUUUUGAAUAAGUCUGAGGAUUAUCUUUAUUUACGACCAUGGUUAGGGACUGGUUUGCUGACUAGUGACGGCCCAAAAUGGAAAAAGCAUCGAAAGAUUAUAACACCGGCUUUUCAUUUCCAAAUUUUGGAACAGUUUGUUGAAGUGUUUGAGUCUGGAGGUAACAGAUUUGUGCAACAGUUGCAAAAAGAAGUUGGUAAAAAAAGCGUUGAUAUUUAUCCGUACGUUACUCUAUGUACACUCGACAUCAUUUGUGAAAGUGCAAUGGGUAUUUCAAUAAAUGCUCAGUUUGAUGAUAAUUCCGAUUACGUUAGAAGUGUUAAGGCUAUGUGCAGAAUAACCAUGGAGAGACUAUUCCACCUUCUGGAAAUGAAUGAUGUUACAUACCCUCUAACAAAAAAUUAUUAUACCCAAAAAAAAUCCUUGAACGUAUUGCACAAUCAGACCAACAGUGUAAUAAACAGAAGACGUAAAGAAUUAGAAAACAAAACUGAAGCAAUUAAUGUAACGAAUGAAGAUAAAGCUGAUAACAAUGACACAUUGUUUGGAAGAAACAAAAAGGCAUUUUUAGAUUUGCUAUUGCAAGCCACUGUCGAUGGCAGGCCUCUAACUCAAGAGGAAAUACGAGAAGAAGUUGAUACUUUCAUGUUUGAGGGACACGACACAACUGCUUCAGCAAUUAGUUUUGCGAUUUAUUGUUUAGCAAAUAACGCUGACGUCCAAGCAAAAGCAUACGAAGAACAAAUAGCUCUUUUCGGUGGCAACAAAAGUCCCGCAGUUACGUAUUCCGAUCUUCAAAGUAUGAAAUAUUUAGAACUCGUCAUAAAGGAGACUUUAAGAUUGUACCCAUCAGUUCCCAUGUUUGCUAGGAAAACAUCAGAACCUGUACAAUAUGAAAAUAUUUUUAUUCCCGAAGGCGUAACCGUUAACAUUUUUGCCUACGGGAUUCACCGAGAUCCAAAAUAUUUUAAAGACCCCGAGAAAUUUGACCCAAGCAGGUUUGAAACUGUAGACGGAAAAUUACCUUAUGCUUACAUUCCGUUUAGUGCUGGACCACGGAACUGUAUCGGUCAAAAGUUUGCAAUGUUGGAAAUGAAAAGUACCAUUUCGAAGGUGCUGAGGAAUUUUGAAUUACAGCCAGCAACUCCCACACAUACGGUCCAGUUGGCCGCUGAAUCGGUGCUAAAAUCGGCGAAUGGUGUGAAAAUAGCUUUAAAGAAUCGAAAUUAA